AUGACGACAUCAGAUAUUAUUAUAAAAUAUCCUAAUAUCAAUAUACCAAAGAGUUACCGAUCAAGUCACGAAAAAGUAACAAGUCACCAACCAAGUCAUGAAAGUCAUAAAGAAGAAGCGG